AUGGCUCCUCCUGAAGGGACUCCCGUGGUGGUCGCUCCUGUCGCGGGUCAGCAUGGCAAGAAGCCAACGGAGAUCCGUCCUGAGCCGGUCACCCCGAAAACGCUUUUCAAUGGCGCGACGGCUUCGCGUGGUGAUGACGCUAUCAACACACCGACAGCGCGUACGUCGGCGUUGCGUAUCAACGAUCUGCAAGACGAGAGCGGAAAGUCAAGCAGCCAUAAGGAAGAAGGCAAGGUAUCGGCUGCUCCGCCUGCAAGCUCAAGCGCGGUGGAAAAAGGGAAGGCUAAGGUCCAGGAGGAGGAUGAAGACGGCGGUUACCUGAGCGACGACCCGGAUGAGUGUCAGGACCCAGUUGUGCUGAAUGACAUUGCGGCUCAAGCAGGGGUCGCCAUCACGCUGCUGGUUCCCUUCGCCUGGAGUAAGGAGAUUCCGCGCAUCAUUGGAACGGUCUAUCACCUGCUGAGGAUGUGGGGGAAACACAUGUCGGAGAAUGCAAGCGCAACGACAAGAUGUCAGCAACUCACGGCUACUUUCCUCUCGAAGCAGCACUUCGGUCGAGUCGAGGUGGUCUUCCUGCAGGAGGCUGACGCCAAUUUCAUGCGCGGCAGGGAGAUUGAACAUUACACGGUGAAUGAGAAGAAGUUAACGCUUGGUUGGCUGCAUCCGGAAAAUAAGGAGUACCUGAGAGAGCGUGCGGCUCAUCCUGAGGCGAUUGAAGUCCUGCUGAAAGGGGUCCCGGCGGUGAUCUCACCGGCGAUGAUCAAGAAGAACCUGGUGACUGCGGUGCUGUUGAAGAGGGGUCGUACUGCUUUCCUGGAUGGGUCGGCGUUUCACCGGGUGCUGGAUCCGGUUUCGGGAUCAGACACGGACAAGAUUAAGGGCCUGGUGUUCAGGCAUCCGGGGGAUAAGUAUAAGUGGUGGCACAAGGUCACCGACCGCGUCCUCGGAGUGGAGCUGAUGGUGUCGCGGUCGCAGCGGCAGAUCCCACGUCUCACCUUUGUACCGUCUCCCCUCCGAGCAGCUGCUUCCAUGAAGCUCACUCCGGCGAUGAAGACUCUGCUUGCGGACCCGGCGAUCGCUUUCGUCUCCACAGGAGGUGUUCGGGAGGAGUGGCUGUGCGCGCAGGAGGAGUGCGGGAAGACCCAUGGUACCAGUUUCGAAAAGGCGGUCGAGCACGUGCAGUCAGUUCGUCACGGCACUGGGUUGCUCAAGGCUGGCGCAGCGACCCGUCUGAGCAUGGGGAAGCAGGCCCUGGGCCAAGUCAAGAAGGAUUUCAAGAUGUGA